UCCCCUUUUUAAUUUUAGAAUUUUUUAGAAAUAUAUUUCUUUAAAUAGUCAGAAUUAUUAAAACUUAAAUUUUAUCCGAGAGCUAAAUAAUAAUCAGUGAUUUGGUUUCUGAAGACUUAGUUCUGAACAGUUUGGCAAUAUUGAAGUACCACAACAAGGCAAUAAAAUGUUCAAUAAAAAUGAGUUUAUUGAAAUACAGAGAAAUAGAAAAAAAUGCUAGUUAACUACUCAGCAGCUUUUACAGUGUGAGGUCAUGUUUUAGUGUUGAAGAGUGUUUUUCUGGAGGAGUUUUAACACUCAGUGUGCUGAUAAAGCUCAGAGCCCGGGGUUUUUGGUGUUUUCUGUAAAACACAGAGCUGGUUAAACUUCCACUCUUCGCUUUUUGCAGCAACGACUGAGGCUGUGGGCUGAGAAUGAAUACGGUAAAUAUUCUACAUUACUUUAAAAAUAUAUUAAUUUAUGAACAACAUUUAUCAAUAGGCAUAUAAUUUCAGCUCAGUCCAUCUCAAGUGGUCCAAUAAUUAUAAAGUUGGUUGCUUGACCAUUUUAAUUUUUCUAUUUUUUUUUUUUUUGAGUGAUUUGCAAUGUCAAGACAGUUUUUUUUUUCCGCUUGGUUUAACCACGAACGCCAUCUUGGUGUCAUGGUUUUGGUUAUACAGCUGUUUACGGAAACCUCAGUAUCUCGGCUCAGGAUGGUCUCAGCUCCUUGGAACAAAAACUGGAACAUGUCUCUAGAACAUGAACAUGCUACAAGGUAUAUGAACAUCCAUAAACAUUUAUAAACAUUCUUGUUCCUUAGAUGUAGAACUCAAGUCCUAAUGUGAUGCUCAUGAUUGCUCACAGUUCCACUAUUAAGGUCAAGUUAUGAUGGGAAGGGUUCGAGUCUCAGUCUUAAUUUUUUAGGGGUAUGUAGGUAGAUAUAGUGUGCACGCAGAACAUUUCAGGUUUGAGACUUCUCCUUUUUUUAUUGGGGGAGAGAAAGUGCAAUUUUUUAAAAUUCCCCUCACUUUCGGGUUGAAUAUCUCUGCUGUGGGAACAGAUACGAACCUGACAUUUUUACAGAAAUAAGUCGUCUAUAGCAGCGUUCUGCUGUAAACAUGCUGAGUUUGAGACUCCACUGGUUACAGAGCUAGGGCUCGUAGAAGUCUGCCUGAAUAAAGCCUACGUUAUUCCUGCAUUUUGAGAAAUGAACAGAUGCAAUAUAACAGUAUUUUACAGUAAUUAUGUUUCUGACUGACGUACAAUAGCUUAUGCUUGUCAAUGAGGUUUAAAAUGUUCUACAUUUGAUAUUGGAACCAGUGAAGCGUGAUCUAUCACAGGGUUUAUUUCCUAGUAAUCCUGCAGACUCUGGUUAGCUUGUUCAGGUGAGUUCGAUUAGAGUUGGAGCUAAACUCUGCAGGAAAGCGGACCUCGAGGGCCAGAUUUGAAGAUCCCUGAUCUCUCGUGUUGGUGCAGGUGUACAGUUGGUAAAUACAUAAUCCUCAUUCUGCUCCAUAUAUAUUUCUUUUUCAAUCACAAACAUUUUUUAUAGCAAGUGGGACACAGUGACCUUCCAGGGACAAGUUUUAGAGGAUUUUUUUUUUCCUUUGAUAUGGGAUCUUAUUGAAUUUCUCAUAAUUCUUUUGUAACAGGGUUUUUUGUGAUAGUCCAAGGGAUUACAACAUCUGUUCCCAUAUAGGUGACGAUAUUUUGAUAGAAAUUUCUUUUCAUGGUUCUUACAAACUGAUGUAACAUCACAUCCUACCCAUGAACACAGCGACUCCUUUUCUUCUGAGCUGUAAUCACUUACUGCUUUUAUCACAGGAGAAACAACACCACACUCUGUUUAUGCCACUGUUCAUUUCAUAAAACUCCCACCUGAACACUGUAAUUCCAUAUCUGGAUAAAAUCUAGUUUUAGAUAAAAUCUAUUUUUAGAUUUCACUCAGUAUUUUUUGUUUUUCGCACCAUUCUGUGUAAACUCAGAGACUGUUGUGUGUGAAAAUCCCUGCAGCAGUUUCUGAAAAACUCAAACCAGCCCAUCUGGGACCAACAUCCACACCACGGUUAAAGUCACAGAGAUCACACUCUUUCUUCACUCUGAUGUUUGAUGUGAACAUUAACUGAAGCUCUGGACCUGCAUCUGCAUGAUUUUAUUCACUGUGCUUCAUGAUUGGCUGAUUAGAUAACUGCAUGAACAUACAGGUGUACAGGUGUUCCUAAUAAAGUGGAUGGCGAGUGUAUAAUAAAAAAAAAAAAAGGUGUGUUUUAAUUUAUUUAUCUUCAUGAGACUCCAUAGUGUUUACUGUAGGACACUGAGCCUCAUUUCUGACUAAUAAUAUUUGAUUAGUUUAGUUAUUUGCUAUGUUUCUGUAGUUAUAAAGUACUUUAUACGGUAGAGUUAUCUGGGAUAUCGUAGUAGUUAUUAAAGACAUUUUUACAGAAUUUCUGAAAUUUAAUACAAAUAAGGUGAAAUAAAACAAGCUUAGGUGCUAGAAACAAACAAACAUACAAACAAACGAAUAAAUAAAAGCAUGAAAAACGUGUUUUAUUCCUGCGUCAUGAGAAGUGCAGGGUUCAGAAUAGAAUUUUAGAUUUUUUUUUGUUAAUCGCUGAUGUCACAGAGACGCUACAGCGUUCUUCAUUAGCACUGCUGAAGGUUUCCUCAUUUCUCCUUUGGGAAAAACAUUACUCAGGUGUGUUAAAACUGACAGGUGUGUAAACUCCGUUAAAGCACUGAGCACACAACAGAUUAGAAAUACAUUUAGAAGACGUGUGUAUGACUGCGCGCACAACUCAGUACUAAUAUUUCAUUAGAGAAUGUUUCAGUAUCGGCUCGAGGCCAAGAAAAACAAGAUGGUGGAUCAGAUAUCAGAGAAAACGUAUCGGAUAUUGGAUCAAAUCGGAAUUGUAUUUUGAAAAAGAAAUGUACUUUUGGAACCAGAAAUGUUAUUAUAUACAGAAACCUGACCGGGUUUUCUUUUGUUAGGAUUAAUUUUGUUAUAUUAAUACUUUAUACUUUAUUAUAUUUAUUAAAUAUGAAAGAGUUUAACUGUGAAGUGCUUCAGUUUAAAAACACACAUUUUAAAGCUUAGUAGUUUUUAAAGAUAACAAUAUCGGAUGGUUAUCAGCUGAUACUCAAGGCUUCAGUUUCGGAAAAGAAAAAGUGGUAUUGUGCCAUCUCUAGUUUGAACUAUUUCCUAAACUCUAAAACUGUCAAACAAUGAACUUUAUUACUACAUUAUUUACAGUUUCCUGGGAUGAAUUAUUGGUGAAUAAAUCAGGUGUGACUGCAGUUAAACAGCGCUUAGUUAUUUUAUAACAUGUAGUUAUUCACAUUUAUUUAUCCUACAAACAGUUUCAACAUGUUUCUAAUCUGCAUUUAAAGAGAUUUACUGAGGCUGUGUUCUUAACACUAUUCCAGAGUUUAGUGGUGACGUGAGUAAAAAUCGAGUUAUUGACAGUAAACCUGCAUCAGCUGAACCACGAGCUCGACAUGGGUUACACCGUUUCAGAAGAUCAGUCGCAAAAUGUCAAGAGUCAAGCUGUAGAGACGGAUAUAAAAAUAACUUUAACCAAUUAAUAACAAUAACCAGAUAAACCGCUGCUGUUCCGUAGAUUUGCAAAAGCUUAGUGAAGAAAAUGUCUGUUCCUGUUGUGAAAAACUGCACUGAGGUUUUUACACCUCAACCUGAAGAAGGACCUGAUGGGCAGAAUGUACCGUUUCUUGGCCCUCUGAUGAGGUGAGACGCUCUUUCUCCUCUCACACCUUACAUAUUUCAGCACUGAUGUUCUCAUCAGGUGGUUAAAGUGUGUGUGUGUGUGUGUGCAGUAAUCUAUAUAAACCAGUUGGUCCUACAUCUGUUGCAGUGAUAAGAUGCAGAAGGACGAGCUGAUCAGAUUUAUCCAGGGGAAACGUCAGGAGUGUUUGCUGCACCUGGACGACCCUGAUCAACACAAAUCCUAUUUCUUCUGGAUGAUUAUGGAACACUUCUGUAAUCGAAACGGAGUAAGUGCUGGAGUUCAUCAUGUGCUAUUUAAGGAUGAUGAUUAACAAAAUCCAGAGAUGCUGUGAAUUUUAAAAAGUGCAUAAAUGAAUAAAUAUCUGUGUGAUAGACGUGCUAGUUAAAGAUAUUUUUCCUUAGAUAGAGACAAUGUCUUUAACAACAUCUUGUCUCCCAGUUUGACUUUUUUCCGAAGUGUCUCCCUUAUCAAACACUAAUUGGGACUAAUUUAAUAAUCAAAAAUUCGAUACGAAUAUUAAAUCAAAUAAGGAAUCAGUAUUUAAUCUCCCAGGUAUCUACAAGUGAGACAUUAUGUUCAAACAGUCAUCCCACAAUUUAUUAACAAGCCAAAGACAUUUACAUCUGAGGAAUGUUUCUUGUUAAAUCCAAGCUCUAGACAUUUGGUUUCACGCUGUGUUAAUGUUUUCCAAUUGCCUGUGAGCACAAAUUAUGUAAAAGACGCCUAAGGACUUUGAUGAAGAAGUGUCUGAUGAAACUUGGAAUGAAAGUCUGAGUAAGAUUCGAGGCUGCUCAGUAAAUGCGAGACUGGCUGAUUCAGUUUAAAGCGGGACUUAGAUUAUAUUACUCUAAAACUAAACUGAGUAAAAUAUACAGUUCUAUUUCUCCAGUCUGUGACGGAUGUAAAACAGAAGACGGUUCCUUGUCGCACAUGUUUUGGUUUUGUUCUAAACUGUUUAACUUUUGGACUGCUAUAUUUGACUUUUUUUUUUAAAAGUCUUUCAAAAGGAGGUUAAACAGGAUCAUGGAUUAAAUGGAGUAAGUGAUGGAGCUAACAAUAUCCAGUGAUGCUGUGAAUUUUAAAAAGGGCAUAAAUGAAUAAAUAUCUGUACAGUAGACGUGCUAGUUAAAGAUAUUUUUCUUUUACAGAGAGUAAUGAUGGCUGAAAUCGCCACGCUUCUCUUCAAGGGCUACGGCUGUGUGAGGAGAAAGCUCGGAUGUGUUAAGAACCAGGAGGACUGGUGUCUUCCUCUGGCGUGUCUUUUAUGCUCCGCUGCUGCAGGAGAUGAACACAGAAAAGCCAUGAUUCAAAUGGGAGAUGAUUUCGGUUCCAGAGGAUGGAUCUAUGCAGCACAUAUCUGCUACGUGGUGGCGCACUUGGAGCUGGGAUCACGCAGACGAUUUCAACUGAUUGGAUGUGAAUGGGUUCUUAACUAUCAAUCGGUCCUGAAGGAAGAGAUGGAGAGAACUGAGGUCUAUGAGUACGUGGCGUCUCUGACCUCAGGGAUCGGCCAGCCACGCUUCCAGGAGUUCAAGUACCUUUACGCCUGUGAUCUAGCGAAGGCCGGACUUUCUGCUCGGGCGCUUGAUUACUGUGAGAGCAUCGCUAGAACCAUCUUCAAAUUCCCUCGGCUCAUCAGCAGCUACUUUAUAGAACGGGUUAUAAUGCUCUGUAAAGAGCUUCUUCGAGGGAAAGAAGAAGAAGAAGAAGAAGAAGAAGAAGAAGUCGAGUGGCUGCUUAAACUUUGCCGGCUGCACAGAGCAUUCAGUGCACCUAGUUCCAGCUUUUCUGUUGGCUCAUGUAGUUAUGAGUCUCAGGAGUUCCAAGAGGAGUUGGAUUCACGGUACACUGUGGGAGAGCUGCUGGGGAAAGGAAGUUUCGGCACUGUCUACGCUGGAGUGCGUAAGGCAGAUGGGAAACAGGUUGCCAUCAAAUAUGUUACCAAAGCGCCUGAAGACUCAUUCCCCGGAGCGAAGCCUCUGGAGGUGGCGUUAAUGGAGAUGGUGUCCAAGCCGCCUCGCUGUGAGAACGUGGUGGAGUUGCUGGAAUGGUUCGAUGUGUCCACGUCUUUCGUCUUGGUGCUGGAGCGACCCAUCCCCUGCAUGGACCUCCAGAAAUUCCGUGCAAGUAACAAAAAUGGUCAGUUGUCUGAAUGUCUGGCUCGAGAGAUCAUGUGGCAGGUGGUUCAAGCUGUCCGUCACUGCUACAACCGCCGAGUUCUUCACGGCGACAUCCGGUCCGAGAAUAUUCUGAUCAAUACGGACACGCUGGAGGUGAAAUUGAUCGACUUUGGCUGUGGCGAGCUGCUUUCAGACAACUUGUACACGAGCUAUGCAGGACAUUCAUCUUACAUCUGGAGUCUGGGUGUACUUCUGGUUGAGAUGAUCUGUGGAGACAUUUGCUUUCACUAUGUAGAUCGUGUAAUUGAGAUGUGUUCACGGGUCGUUUCUGGAGAGUGCUGCCAUCUGAUAUCGUGGUGCCUGAAAAACCCUGAAAAUCGGCCAACUUUUGAUGAAAUCCUGAGCCACGCAUGGUUUACAGAGGAAUUUCAGGACACGGUUCAGGUGAGAGAGCUAGAAUAGAAUAGACUUACAGUAGUUACACUUAGCUAAGACAUGUUAUAAUAGUCUAGAGUACAGAGAUUGUACCGGAUCAGUAUUGAGUUCUCUAACAUUUCCGUACUUAUGGA